CGGUGAGAGCGCUCAACAGAUACGUACGUUUGUUGAACGGGUUCUGCCUUAAAACGCGCUGUUGGAAAACAUUGACUGGGAAAUAUAGAGUUCCGUUACUAAUGGAUGAACAUUGGGCACGUGAAUACGCCAAUAGCAGCAGAAAGUUUGGCUUUGACGGGAGCACCUGAACGCUGCACGGGAGCAGACAUGAUAUGGGACACUAUGAGGCCAAAUGUCAGUGAUACAAACCGCAAGGAAUGUCCACAAUUGAAAUUCGUGUUAAACGUAACUGUUAUUCAAGUAAGAUUCAUGUGACCGCCGCGGAGAGGCGGGGUUAUAAUGUAACAAUUUAGGUGCUACAGUGUAGCCAAUAAAGUGUCCGAGAUAACUGAGCGCCUGUGCUCGCCGCUGCGCCCUCCUCUCCCCGCGCCCUGGAUGUAGAAGAGAGCGCCAACAACCGCGGACACGAGAUGACCAUUAUCACGGAGGCGUCGCCAGUGGGGGACGGGACCGGAUCAUAACAUUCAUGUCAGUCUGAUGUAUGUUCCCAGUGAGGAGACUGCAGUCCCCAGGAGCCACAUAGCGCUUCUCCUCCACCUCCACCACCGCCUCCUCUUCCGUUGUCCGGCGACAUGCCUUCUGAACCCAGCCUCAGCAGUAGGGAGAUGCUGACAGGACAUAGGCUCUGUCAGUCAAAGUCCCACCAGGACUCGGUCCUCGCUGCCCUCAACCAGCAGAGGAAGGACGGCUUGCUGUGCGACGUCACCCUGGUGGCCGGCGAGCAGAAGUUCCACGCCCACAAGGCGGUCCUAGCAGCCUGCAGCGAUUACUUCAGGGCUAUGUUCAGCCUGUGCAUGGUGGAGAGUGAGGCGGACGAGGUGACUCUGCAAGGCGUGACCGGCGUUGGACUGAAGCACGCUUUGGACUUCGCCUACACGGGGCAGAUCCUGCUGGAGCCAGUGGUGAUCCAGGAUGUCCUGUCUGCAGGCAGCCACCUUCAGCUGCUGGAGCUCCUCAGUCUCUGCUCCCACUACCUCAUCCAGGAACUGAGCAGCGUGAACUACCUGGAGCUGUACCGCGUGGCCGACCUGUUCCACCUCCCCGCCCUGGAGGAGGCCGUGGUGGGCUUCCUGGUGGAGCACCUGUCUGAGCUGAGCCAGAGCCGGCAGGACGAGGCCCUGCAGCUGCCCUACCGCCUCCUCAGGGAGGUGCUGAAGAGCGACCGCCUGACCUCACUGAGCGAGGAGGAGAUAUGGAAGCUGGUCGUUCUGUGGCUGGACCACGACUGCCGCCACCAGUACGCCGAUGACCUGCUCCAACACGUUCGCUACGGCCUGAUGGACGUCCCCACGCUGCACCACCUCGCCCGGAGCCACUCUCUGGUCCGGUCCAGUCCGACUGCCGCCGCCCUGGUGGAGGAGGCCCUGGACUACCACCACGGUACCUUUGCCCAGCCCCUUCGCCAGUCGGCCCGCACCAGGCCUCGCUUCCAGUCCUUCACCCUCUACAUAGCCGGCGGGCGGAAGCGGGAGGUUAGCCGGGUGAGGGAGCUGCGCUACUUCAACCCGGCCGCGCAGGAGCACGUGCGCGUCGCGGGCGGGUCCAACUGGAGCGAGCUGGCGCCCAUGCCCGCCGGCCGCAGCCACCACUGCGUGGCAGUGAUGGGGAAUUUCCUGUUUGUCGUGGGCGGGGAGGUGGAGCACGCCACCGGGAGGACGUGUGCCGUGAGGACUGCUUGUCGAUACGACUCCAGGGGGAACCGCUGGACCGAGAUUGCCCCCAUGAAGGCCUGCAGAGAACACUUUGUCCUGGGGGUGCUGGGCCAGUACCUGUACGCAGUGGGGGGCAGGAACGAGCUGAGGCAGGUGCUGCCCUCCGUGGAGCGCUACUGUCCCAAGAGGAACAAAUGGAUGUUUGUUCAACCCUUCGACCGCUCGCUGUCCUGCCACGCCGGCUGUGUGGCCGACGGGCUGCUCUGGGUCUCAGGUGGGGUGACAAACACAGCUCAGUACCAGAACCGACUGAUGGUGUACGACCCAGAACAGGACCAGUGGCUGGCCCACAGUCCCAUGUUGCAGAGGCGGGUUUACCACGUCAUGGCGGCGGUGAGGAGGCAGCUCUACGUGCUGGGCGGCAACGACCUGGACUACAACAACGACCGCAUCCUGGUCCGCCACAUCGACUCCUACGACAUGGACGUGGACCAGUGGACGCGCUGCUCCUUCAGCCUCCUCACGGGUCAAAAUGAGUCCGGAGUAGCCGUCCACGACGACAGGAUCUACGUGGUUGGAGGAUACUCCAUUUGGACCAACGAGCCUCUGGCGUGCAUUCAGGUGCUGGAUCUGAGCACAGAGGGGAAGGAGGAGGUUUUCUACGGGCCAACGCUGCCAUUCGCCUCCAACGGGAUAGCGACUUGCUUCCUGCCGGCUCCUUACUACACCUGCCCCAACCUACAGACUCUACAAGUACCCCAUCACAGGAUCGGUGCCGUUUAACACCCCGAGGAACACAAACGACACUCUGGGCCGGCAGUAUUCGCAAACGUGGCUGACAGAAAUCGGAGCUGCUCAUCGAGAUCCUCCGGCCGCCACGUCACACAGGAGCGCACAGGGAUGAUUUCUGUGAGACCUCUCAUGUACAAACAUUCCUGCGAUACAAGAGGCGUCUUAUUCUGCAAGCUCCUCGGAAUACAAAACGUAAGCAGCUGCCAUAAUAUACAGCAUAUCUGUUGUAUUCCCCCCCCCCCCCAAAAGACACCAUUCAUCCCCGACUCCUAAGGGAUGACGGCUCCCGAAGACGACGGGAACAAAAUGCAAACCGCGUUACCAAUAAGCGACUUGUGGGAAGCGGACAUUACAUAAGAGGUGCUCUUUGUAACUCGUUAUAAGGGUUUUAAUGCUACAGACACUCCUUCGAACCUCUAUAAUCACUUUGGUGGCCUAAUGGUUUUUUUUUUUUUAACGCUUCAGCAGUGACACAAGUGAGCGCGACAUCGCUCAAGACCCAACAGUUUAUGUUCGAUAAACGUCAGUCAUGGUUUCCAGUGUCUGUGACGUUAUGAUAUAACACACCUUUGUGCUGAUUGUUAAUAAAAGAAAAUCUACUUUAACCAAAAGAGAAGGAAAAAAAAGAGGUCUCUCUACACUUCUCUCUUCGGUCUAAAAAAAGGUGUCCGAAAGAAUAUUUGGCGCAUUUUCUGAAUAAACAAGGAGCGUGGUGAGUUUAUCCAGAAUGUGUUUUCUAAGGAACGUUAAUGGCUCCGAUGGGAAGAAGGUGAAUUAUCCGGCACGCUACUCGUUUAAAAACACCACUUCCAUCCGCCUUUCUUCCGUUGUCCCUCCACAGCGCAGCGGAACGCGUAGAAGUUUGACGAGGCUGGAAAAUGCCGAGCAAUGGCAGGAAAUGGGACUCGUGCGACUUCAUGUGAUUCGGUGCAAACUAAAGCGGAUCGUGGGAGAUCGCCGUGACUUGGAACAAAUUGUACUCCUCUUUUCUUCUUCUUCUUCUCGCUCCUGAACUCUUUGGCUCAACCACGACUCAUCAGAUCUGUAUCUCGGAGUAGAGACAGGAUGAGCACCAGCCGUCUGCUCGCUUCCCGUUUUCACCCUCACGACAGAUGAAAUGAAAAGAUGGAGAGAGCGCAUUCCGAUUUAUUGUCACAUAAGGCAACUGCCAAAAUGCAAAGCUGCACCCAUUUUUAUUGUUUUUAUAAAUAUCUACAUUAUAUACAACCUGGUGAUAGCAUGCUUAUUGUCCAUGAUUAGAACAUAUUCUUUUUAAAAAAAAGGGACAGUUCACCUCAAAAUCAAAAAUACAUGUCCGCCCACAACAAGGCAGAUUAUCUCAAGUAACCAGAUUACAACUAAAUUAUAUUUAAGAGACAGCAGACAACUCUAAGGCCGAGAUCUCCAAAACUAGUAAGAACAAACCAUAAUAAGAGUAAA